UUUCGACGUUGGAGGUUGUGUUUUUCUUCCCGGUAUCUGGCAAAUGGUAUAACAAGUUGCGAUUUUUUAGAAUUUUGAGGAUUGUCAGUGUUCUGGGAAAUAUUCUUAUAAAUUCCCGUCAACGGCCGAAUUCAUUGAUGUUCUUUCUAGACCACGCAUCAUAUAGAAAUGGCCACAUUGCUCAGAAAAUGUUGCGGGUUGAUGCAACUAGUGCAUAGAAGAACCUUUGCCUACAAACCGGUGAAGCGACCAUCACUAAUCAAAGAAGGAGGGAAGUCAUCACGGUCUGAACCAAACGCAGAGUCUCUCGACCUAGCCACAAUACUCCAAACAAAAAUCAAAGCGGCUGGACCAAUCUCUCUUGCGGAUUAUAUGCGAAACGUCCUCACAAACCCGAAUGGUGGCUACUACAUGGAAAGAGAUGUUUUCGGCGAAGGUGGAGACUUUAUUACAUCACCAGAGGUCGCCCAAAUCUUUGGGGAGUUGAUUGCAGUUUGGUGCCUAACCGAGUGGCGCAAGAUUGGAUCGCCUUCACCCGUUCAGCUGAUCGAAUUGGGGCCGGGUCGAGGAACGCUUUCUCGGGAUAUCCUCCGAGUCUUCUCGCAAUUCAAGUUGGGCGACCAGUUUUCCCUGCAUUUAGUGGAAGUUAGCCCCUACUUGAGUAAAGUUCAAGCUCAGCAGCUGUGCUUCAAUCAUUCGGAGGUCGACCCUGAAUCAAACGAACCAUUUUAUCGACAAGGAGAGACGGUUUCCGGGGCUAAAGUUUUCUGGUAUCACAAAUUGGAGGAUGUUCCAAAAGAAUUUUCCAUUGUUUUAGCGCAUGAGUUCUUCGACGCUCUUCCUGUCCAUAAAAUGCAAUACGACAAGGGUCUGUGGCGCGAAGUGAUGGUGGAUGUUGACCCAUCUGAAGAAAAAAAGUUCCGUUUCGUCCUUUCGAAUAACCAGACCGUGAUGAGCAAAGUUUUCCAACCUCUAGAAGGAGAAUCAAGGGAGACACUAGAAUACUCACUGGAAGCAGAUGCGAUAAUUCAACGCUUGGCGCAUUGGUUUGAAUUUCAUGGCGGAUUUGCCUUGAUUAUUGACUACGGACAUCUAGGGGAUAAAAGUGACACCUUUAGGGCGUUCAAACAACAUAAAUUACACGAUCCUCUUUUGAACCCGGGAGCGGCUGACUUGACUGCCGAUGUGGAUUUUAAAAGACUGAAAUUCGUUGCUGAGGCGAAUGGUUGCUUGACAUUCGGCCCAGUGAGCCAACAGGAGUUCUUAAAACGUAUGGAAGCAGAAGCCAGACUCAAGGUGCUGUUGGAGAAGGCGCAGCCUGAAGCUCACGAAGCGCUGAAGUCUGGAUACGAUAUGCUCACUCAUCCCGAUAAGAUGGGAUCUCGGUUUAAGUUCUUGUCGAUAUUCCCGCAAGUCCUCAAAGAACAUUUAAAAAAGUUUCCUGUUAAUGGAUUUAGCUAGUCAAAGCAAAUACAAAAGUUUAGCAAAGAGAACGUUUCCAAUUCUAA